AUGUCGCCAGACAUCCCUACAGGCAUCGUCACCAGGCCCUCUGCCUCUCCUGGGACAACAGAAUCUGCAGAAGUGACCAUGACCACCCAAAGAGGUCCCACUGAGGAUACAUCCCAGAACCCACUUACCAUGGGCACUACAACCAACACCUCAGGGGCAGAGAUUCACUCGACUGUGACUCAGAGCUUUACGCACUCAGAGAUGACCCCUCGCAGGAGCAGAGCUCUCGAGGAUGUGUCUUGGACAAGCCCUGCCUCUGUGAAAGAAACUGGCUCUCCAUCUUCCCCAGUGAUUGUAUCUACCAUGACAACACCCUCCCCUGAGCCAUCCACAUUACCAGCGAGGAGCCCCUCCUCUCCUACCCCUGUGAACUCACUUCUCACCCGUGGUCUGGGGAAGACCAAAGACACAUUGGGUACAAGUGUGGAACCUGUGUCCAGCUCACCUUCAAGUGAGACUAGCACCACCAUUGACAUACUGUCCACCUCUGAAGCCUCCACAGGAACAGAUGCAAUUCAGCCCUCCAAAAACACAGCUGCGACCCAUGGGGCCAACCCAAGUUCUGGACAUGAAGCACAUUCCUCUGCCCCAGCUGACUCAGAGGCAUCCAAUAUCACGUCUCCAACGGUUACUCCUUCCACCUCUAGGGACACCCGUGUUUCCACAUCAAUGCCUCACUCUUUAGAAACUACAAUGUCUGAGAUAGACUCCACAUCCUCUCUGACUCCUGAACUGAGGAAGCCCAGCACCGUCCAGCAGAACAGCUCAGCCCCAGGGAAAAUCACCGUCCUUUCCAGAGUUCCCACUGAUACGACUACUGACUUCUCUACGACAGAACCCAUCUCCUCUAGCCACACGUCCAUCCCUGGCCCUGUUCAGUCCACGAUGUCGCCAGACAUCCCUACAGGCAUCGUCACCAGGCCCUCUGCCUCUCCUGGGACAACAGAAUCUGCAGAAGUGACCAUGACCACCCAAAGAGGUCCCACUGAGGAUACAUCCCAGAACCCACUUACCAUGGGCACUACAACCAACACCUCAGGGGCAGAGAUUCACUCGACUGUGACUCAGAGCUUUACGCACUCAGAGAUGACCCGUCGCAGGAGCAGAGCUCUCGAGGAUGUGUCUUGGACAAGCCCUGCCUCUGUGAAAGAAACUGGCUCUCCAUCUUCCCCAGUGAUUGUAUCUACCAUGACAACACCCUCCCCUGAGCCAUCCACAUUACCAGCGAGGAGCCCCUCCUCUCCUACCCCUGUGAACUCACUUCUCACCCGUGGUCUGGGGAAGACCAAAGACACAUUGGGUACAAGUGUGGAACCUGUGUCCAGCUCACCUUCAAGUGAGACUAGCACCACCAUUGACAUACUGUCCACCUCUGAAGCCUCCACAGGAACAGAUGCAAUUCAGCCCUCCAAAAACACAGCUGCGACCCAUGGGGCCAACCCAAGUUCUGGACAUGAAGCACAUUCCUCUGCCCCAGCUGACUCAGAGGCAUCCAAUAUCACGUCUCCAACGGUUACUCCUUCCACCUCUAGGGACACCCGUGUUUCCACAUCAAUGCCUCACUCUUUAGAAACUACAAUGUCUGAGAUAGACUCCACAUCCUCUCUGACUCCUGAACUGAGGAAGCCCAGCACCGUCCAGCAGAACAGCUCAGCCCCAGGGAAAAUCACCGUCCUUUCCAGAGUUCCCACUGAUACGACUACUGACUUCUCUACGACAGAACCCAUCUCCUCUAGCCACACGUCCAUCCCUGGCCCUGUUCAGUCCACGAUGUCGCCAGACAUCCCUACAGGCAUCGUCACCAGGCCCUCUGCCUCUCCUGGGACAACAGAAUCUGCAGAAGUGACCAUGACCACCCAAAGAGGUCCCACUGAGGAUACAUCCCAGAACCCACUUACCAUGGGCACUACAACCAACACCUCAGGGGCAGAGAUUCACUCGACUGUGACUCAGAGCUUUACGCACUCAGAGAUGACCCCUCGCAGGAGCAGAGCUCUCGAGGAUGUGUCUUGGACAAGCCCUGCCUCUGUGAAAGAAACUGGCUCUCCAUCUUCCCCAGUGAUUGUAUCUACCAUGACAACACCCUCCCCUGAGCCAUCCACAUUACCAGCGAGGAGCCCCUCCUCUCCUACCCCUGUGAACUCACUUCUCACCCGUGGUCUGGGGAAGACCAAAGACACAUUGGGUACAAGUGUGGAACCUGUGUCCAGCUCACCUUCAAGUGAGACUAGCACCACCAUUGACAUACUGUCCACCUCUGAAGCCUCCACAGGAACAGAUGCAAUUCAGCCCUCCAAAAACACAGCUGCGACCCAUGGGGCCAACCCAAGUUCUGGACAUGAAGCACAUUCCUCUGCCCCAGCUGACUCAGAGGCAUCCAGUAUCACGUCUCCAACGGUUACUCCUUCCACCUCUAGGGACACCCGUGUUUCCACAUCAAUGCCUCACUCUUUAGAAACUACAAUGUCUGAGAUAGACUCCACAUCCUCUCUGACUCCUGAACUGAGGAAGCCCAGCACCGUCCAGCAGAACAGCUCAGCCCCAGGGAAAAUCACCGUCCUUUCCAGAGUUCCCACUGAUACGACUACUGACUUCUCUACGACAGAACCCAUCUCCUCUAGCCACACGUCCAUCCCUGGCCCUGUUCAGUCCACGAUGUCGCCAGACAUCCCUACAGGCAUCGUCACCAGGCCCUCUGCCUCUCCUGGGACAACAGAAUCUGCAGAAGUGACCAUGACCACCCAAAGAGGUCCCACUGAGGAUACAUCCCAGAACCCACUUACCAUGGGCACUACAACCAACACCUCAGGGGCAGAGAUUCACUCGACUGUGACUCAGAGCUUUACGCACUCAGAGAUGACCCCUCGCAGGAGCAGAGCUCUCGAGGAUGUGUCUUGGACAAGCCCUGCCUCUGUGAAAGAAACUGGCUCUCCAUCUUCCCCAGUGAUUGUAUCUACCAUGACAACACCCUCCCCUGAGCCAUCCACAUUACCAGCGAGGAGCCCCUCCUCUCCUACCCCUGUGAACUCACUUCUCACCCGUGGUCUGGGGAAGACCAAAGACACAUUGGGUACAAGUGUGGAACCUGUGUCCAGCUCACCUUCAAGUGAGACUAGCACCACCAUUGACAUACUGUCCACCUCUGAAGCCUCCACAGGAACAGAUGCAAUUCAGCCCUCCAAAAACACAGCUGCGACCCAUGGGGCCAACCCAAGUUCUGGACAUGAAGCACAUUCCUCUGCCCCAGCUGACUCAGAGGCAUCCAAUAUCACGUCUCCAACGGUUACUCCUUCCACCUCUAGGGACACCCGUGUUUCCACAUCAAUGCCUCACUCUUUAGAAACUACAAUGUCUGAGAUAGACUCCACAUCCUCUCUGACUCCUGAACUGAGGAAGCCCAGCACCGUCCAGCAGAACAGCUCAGCCCCAGGGAAAAUCACCGUCCUUUCCAGAGUUCCCACUGAUACGACUACUGACUUCUCUACGACAGAACCCAUCUCCUCUAGCCACACGUCCAUCCCUGGCCCUGUUCAGUCCACGAUGUCGCCAGACAUCCCUACAGGCAUCGUCACCAGGCCCUCUGCCUCUCCUGGGACAACAGAAUCUGCAGAAGUGACCAUGACCACCCAAAGAGGUCCCACUGAGGAUACAUCCCAGAACCCACUUACCAUGGGCACUACAACCAACACCUCAGGGGCAGAGAUUCACUCGACUGUGACUCAGAGCUUUACGCACUCAGAGAUGACCCCUCGCAGGAGCAGAGCUCUCGAGGAUGUGUCUUGGACAAGCCCUGCCUCUGUGAAAGAAACUGGCUCUCCAUCUUCCCCAGUGAUUGGACACCCGUGUUUCCACAUCAAUGCCUCACUCUUUAGAAACUACAAUGUCUGA